AAGAGCAGACUGUACCCUGAACACUGCUGUACUUUGACAGUGCUGACCGUGACAGAUGUGCUGAAUGUGUCAUGAGUGGGGUUUUUGUGUGGUGAGGGAGGGGUCAGAUAUCUGGGUACAUGUGCGGUGUAUGGGACGCAGGCGAGGAGUGCAGCUCGGGCUCAGGUCUGUGUGUAAAGAAAGCUUUACUCCGAGCUGAGGCCGUUUAUGAUCUGAGUGAGUUUACACCACACGCGAGCUCGUACAGGUUCAAGCUGUCCUGAGUUAAACUCAUCAUCAUGCUGAAUAAGCCAGAACGAUCCUCUAUUUUCUCUCUAUUCGAGACGUUUCUCUAUCGGCUCUGAUUUCCUCAGGAAGCCACGCCUGACCAUUAGAGCAGCAGCAGCAGCAGCUCACAGACUGAGCCGAACUUCAGCGAAGACCUGCACCAGCAACCACGGCUCUGACCGUCGGUCAGCUCGUGUCAGAGCGGUUUCCAACCUGCAGCCAGGCUGAGAGACGGAGGUCAGUCAGUGAGAACAUCACAGUGAAAGAGGAAGUGGAACAGGAAGUGACAGGGAGGGGUGGUCGUGUCAUACAGGAGCAAAACAGACUGAAGAGGAUUUGUGUGAGGCACUCGAAGGCAGCAGGUUCAUCAUGAGUCUCCCAACUCACCGUCAGUGCAGCAUCGAGAUCCAGAACAAGACCACGACGUUCACCCUGUGCAACCCACGCAUGCACAUUGUGAGCGGCUCCUGCAGCUCGCCCCUGCCUCCCACGCUCAGCCCCUACGAGAACGGCAACGCCCUCUUCAUCAAGAAGCCUCACACGGCGUGUGGCUCUGUGACCGUCUUCACCUACGACCUCCAGCAUGUGUCCACCCUGCAGUUCAACGGCAGGGUCGCGGUGAUGUUCUCGGUGCCGUACGACUUCAACUUCUACUCCAACUGGUACGCGGUUGGAGUCUUCGACAUGGACAAAGCCUGCGACCAGCACCUUUACGACGAGAUGUACAACAAGUCGGAGCAAAAGUUCGUCAGGGGCAAAGCCAAGGGGCCGAGUCUGACCUACAGGGGGGCCUACAUCACUGUGAGGGCCACCAUGUCCGACACCUACCAGCCCGUCCUCAAGGUCGCCAUCUGCAACAACUGAGGCCCACAGCGGCACCUGCAGUGUGCACCAUUGAUCCCACUUAACCCAGUAACACUGGGUUCACACUGCAGGAGACCUGCAGCUGAUUGAUCAAUCAAUCAGUCAGUCAGUCAAUCAAUCAGUUCGAUUCUCUCCUCAUUUUAUAUCCACAAACACAGAUUAAAUCUCAACAUUUAUUUGAAAUUUGGAUUUCUUUCCCUGCCCCUCCUUCCUGAUGACAUCCAAAAAAUGGUGAGCUGUGAUUGGUCAGUAGUGUGUCUGUGAUGUUGUCUGAAUCCGAUGUUAAACUGUUUUUUCCUUCUCUUUAUGUUUGACACAAACUUAAUUUUUACUUUUGAUGAUGUCACUCAGAAAUCGUCAUGGCGACUGGGUUACUGUGGUCCAGUGAGAUGAAACCACAGAGCUGUGCAGCUGUGAACAUGUGGAUGAGAUAAUAAAGGCUGAGUGAGCACUAAA